AUGUCGAACUUCUUCGGGAACCUGAACAACCCGCGCAUGCCCGAGGUGGUGAUGAACCAGGGCCCGCUGCCGCCGCUGAGCACCGACAACCUCCCGUACGGCCUGAACGGGACGGCGGAUGCGAGGAUCAACUACAACAAUGCGCUCCUUGGGGACAUCAGUCCGUACGUCUACGGGGAUUCCGCCCGCAUCACCACCCAGACCUCCUACCUCAACCAGAGCUACCGUAUCCAGAAGAUCGUGCCUGAGCUGUACCUCCCCCCCAUCGGGGACGGGCACGGGCUGGUGAAGGUGUCGCACGCCGUGGAUUACGGGGAUAUCGCCUGGUCGCUCCGGCUCAGAAACAUCUCCGCCACGCUCGGGGUGUUCAUGAAGUCGGCCGAGGGCGUCGGGGACAACGGGACGCACAUCACCGCCUUUGUCAAUUUUCCCACGGUGAACUACAUCCUGGUGGGGUUCCAGAACCUGUGGUUUCGGAGGCGAGCCGUGCCUGCCGUUCCCGCCACCUCUUCGGACAAGGCUUGGCUCCGCCUGUGGUUCGACCUGUUCAACCUGACGGGGAACCCGGAGGACUUUGGUCAGUUUAUGAAUGGGAUCACAACUGUGCAGGAUAUUUCGGAGAAGCUCAUGAAGAUCAUCACCCCCUUCGGCGUGUCGGUGCAGUCCGAGAAGCAGGGUGGGAUGCACGAGGUGGGCCUGAGCCCGGUGAUGUGGGCGGUCAACCACCUGACGAGCAUCAACAUCGACGGGAUGACGCGGGACAUGAUCAACUAUUGGAGACAUAUAGAUGUCAACUCCGGGGAUAGGAUCUGCUUCCGCCUCAUGCCCAUCGACCUGAGCGGGGACCAGCGGGCGACCCUGAACCACUUCUACAAGCAUAUCGUCAACCUCGAGUUCACCGUGAGCGAGGGGAGAUACGAGAUCCUUGUCCCCGAUACCUACCCGUACUGCAUCCCCGGGGAUAAACUUCUAAGGGUGCCGGAUGCAGCCGUGCGGCAGGAGUACAACAGGAGGAAGAUGCACUGGUACAUCGGCACGACACAGCAGCACUACCCCAAGAUGUACGAGGAGUUCAGUGAGAUGAAGAAGUUCAUGGACGAUACCGCGUUCUUGAAGGGCGCGCUGCUGCAGACCACCAUCACGCCGAUGCUGGUGAAUUCUAGGAUACGUCAUGUUGCGGAUGGGGCUAUCUCCUUCUUUGGCUCCCGCCUCUCUGCGUCUGAUCCCCGCAAGCGCGCGCUGGGGGUGACCUGGGCGGACGAGCGGCAGGGCGGGAAGCGCAGGUUCGCGCUGUCCGGGCCACCGCCUCCCAAGUUCAGUCUCCCGCAGCAGGCUCCCCAACAAGCUCCGCAACAGACCCCGCAACAAACCUUGCAAUCCCGGAACGGCCUCGACAUCGACGCCCUGCUGCGGGAGGGUGGGCUUCAGGGAUCCGCUGAAGGUGCAGCCCCCGAAGAGCCCAGGAACGUAGUCCCCCAGGCCGUCGCCACCGGCUCCGCCCUCAAGCCCAAGAAGCAGGUCGCCAAGCCCGUGGGCGGGAAGGAGAAGAGGGAUGGGGUAGCGGUGUCCGUGGUUUAG